GUCCAGGGCGAGGCCCCCGACGGGGCGUGCACAGCGACCAGGAACGUCUCGGCGCACCACGGGUUCGGCGCGGGGCCCGCCGCCUCGGUGGAGGCCUCGGGGAGCGCCAGAAGGACUCAGUGCGGCCGUCGGCUUCGGCGCCCCACCUCGCCGUCGAGCGCGGGGAGCGGUGGCGUCGCUGGCAGAGCGCGGGAGUCCACGGGCGGCACUGGCAUCGAGAGCAGCUUGGAGUGCAAGCAGGCGAGGGCCGAGGAGGGCCCGACGGAGCACGACGCGGAGAAGCUCAUGGAGCUUCGCGUGCAGGAGGAGCAGAGCUGCGAGACGGAGAUCGUCGGGUCUGACGGCCACGGGCAGGAGUCAGUCCGCCUGCAGGAGGCGCUGGAGGAGAGGGCUGAUGGUGCGCAGAGGUCGGCGGCCCAGGGGGCCGACGACCCGGCGAAGCAACCCGAUGGCCAUGGACAGCGGCCGCAUCUCCAGGCGAAGGGCGAGGGCCUCGUCGAGGUCCGCGCGCAGGAGGAGCUGGAGGAGGACGAGCCCUG